GCCUCUCCACACCCAGGCCAGCUUGGACUUGGAGCCUUUCCUUUCUUACUUCAUUCACUUGGCUUAACUGGGUUUAGGAGCCGUAUCUAUAUAGUUAACAGGAUGGAGAUCUCCUCUCAUCAGUCUCACCUCCUGCAGCAGUUGAACGAGCAGCGCCGGCAGGACGUGUUCUGUGACUGCAGUAUCCUGGUGGAAGGCAAGGUCUUCAAAGCACACCGGAACGUGCUGUUUGCGAGCAGUGGGUACUUUAAGAUGCUGCUCUCUCAGCACUCCAAGGAGACCAGUCAGCCAGCCACAGCUACCUUUCAGGCGUUCUCCCCGGACACUUUCACCAUUAUUCUGGACUUCGUCUAUUCGGGAAAGCUGUCUCUUACCGGUCAGAAUGUCAUCGAAGUCAUGUCAGCUGCUAGCUUCCUUCAGAUGACCGAUGUCAUUAGUGUCUGUAAGACUUUUAUUAAAUCUUCACUAGACAUCAGCGAAAAAGAGAAAGACCGCUAUUUCAGCCUUUCCGAUAAAAAGGCCAAUUCCAACAGUGCAGAACGCCCCUCUCUGUAUGGUGGUGGUUGGCAAGAAGAAAGCAGUUCGCCACAUCCUCACCUCAGUCCAGAUCAAGGAGCCAAGGGACGGGGCGGAAAGUCAUGGAGUAAGCUUUCCUCCAGUCACCAGUCCACCACCCAAAGGAGUGUUAAACCACCUGUGGCCAAGCAUGAAACAAGUCACACCUACCACGCUGGGGAGCAGGCGCAGAUGGAUGCCGAAGUGCACUCUCCUGCUGGCUCCCAGUACGGCGGCCAAGGACCUGAGGUCACAUCCAGACGUUUUUCAGAUGGGCUGCCCCGGAUGCGAUUCAAGUGCCCGUACUGCACCCAUGUGGUGAAGCGGAAAGCUGACUUAAAGCGCCACCUGCGUUGUCACACAGGAGAAAGGCCCUACCCAUGUCACGCUUGUGGGAAGAGAUUCAGCAGGCUAGACCAUCUAAGCAGCCAUUUUCGAACAGUACGUAUAUGAUUUUUCAUUAUUGUACUUUUUAAAGAACUGUGUACAUUUAUGUGCUUUAGGAUGCUAAA